CUUUCAUUCCCCACUUCACUGGAGAAAAAUGGAAAAAAGUGAGACUCAAGUGACUUAGAACUCAGAAUCAACUCUUUUUUUUGUGCUUAAUUAACACUCUCUCGGUAGCAUAUAUACCAAGGAAACAGAGAGUGUUCUCUACUGGAAGCUGCUAUGGAAGUAGCUGUGGAAUUAGAAGAUGAUUUGUUCUUUGCAGACCUAAGCAAGCAAAUUUCUCUUCUAAUCAUGGAAGACGACGAGGACUCUGUUGCAAAUUGUUCUUCAUUUCCUUUCCAGAAUUUCUCAAGAGUGAAUUACCCAACAGCGCCAUCGCCAUUUAUGUAUGAGCAAAGAAGAGAAAGCAAAGGAACAGGAGUUUUCAUUCCAAGAUCAUCACAGCCACGAAGGAAACACAGGCAAGCAAGACAUUCUUCAUUCAACGCAAAGUCUCAUAGACAGCAAGAUAACACAAGAAUGGUUUCUCAAGUUUCUUACAACAAUUCUUUAUACCCCAAGAACGGCUAGUUAAGCCUUAUAUUCGAAUAAAAUUUCCGAAUCUUAUCGCCAACAAGGCAGUUAGAGGCAAGGCUAUGGAGUUUAUUUAUAUAAGAUGAACAUGUACAGGGAGAAAAGCUGUUUACUUUGUUCCUAGCUAGUAAGUCUUAAUGAGGUUCAGUUUCCAAGGAUAACAACUCUCCAAUAAUGGAAAUGUAUGCUUGUUACUAAGUAUUGUAUAAGGCUGUGUUGCUAAGCUAAUUAAUGUGAUUGAUUAUUUCAUUUC